UGUAACUAACAUUGACAGUUACAGCGUACGUAUGGCAACAGUGCGUAAAAAAAUUUGACCAGUCGCCAUAUUGAAAAAUCUUUCAUACAAGAAAAUUUUGUUUGGAAGAACAAUUGCGAAGCAAUACAUAGUGUCUUUAGCAAAUACAAAGCUUAAUUUAUCUGCCUAGUAGAGAAAAAAAUAUAGUUCAGAAACAAAUAUACUGGUAGGUGUUGUUUUGGUAUCUGCCUAUUUGUGUAUUUGAUCUGGGUUUUUACCAUCCCGAUCAAAUCUCGUGCACAUCAGUUACCUCAACUGGAGAAGGAUAAUAAUUACCCUGUCAAAGAUGUCAUUAUUAAAUCAAAGUGGAGAGGAACAGGUGGAAUGUCCUUUGUGUAUGGAACCUUUGGAGGUCGAUGACCUACACUUUUAUCCUUGCACUUGUGGCUAUCAGAUAUGCCGGUUUUGCUGGCAUAGGAUACGUACAGAUGAGAAUGGGCUAUGCCCAGCAUGCCGCAAGGCAUACUCGGAGAAGCCUGAAUUCAUUCCUUUGUCUAAAGAGCAGGUGGCCCAGCUAAAGGCGGAUAAGCGGCAAAGAGAUCAGCAGCGGAAGGCGAAGUUGACGGAAAGCCGAAAACAUUUGGCCAGUGUGCGCGUUGUCCAGAGAAAUCUGGUGUUUGUGGUAGGAUUGCCUAUGCGAUUGGCGGAUCCUGAAGUGUUGAAGCGAUAUGAGUAUUUUGGCAAAUUUGGUAAGAUACACAAAGUUGUCAUUAACCAGUCGACGGCUUAUGCCGGGACGCAAGGACCCAGUGCAAGUGCGUAUGUGACGUAUAUGAAAAGUGACGACGCUCUUCGGGCCAUCCAGAACGUAAAUAAUACUAUUAUAGAUGGUAAAACAAUAAAAACUAGUUUGGGUACCACGAAAUAUUGCUCUCACUUUAUGAAAAAUCAGCUAUGUCCAAAGCCUGACUGUAUGUAUCUACAUGACUUUGGUGAUCAGGAAGCAAGUUUUACUAAAGAGCAGAUGCAUGCUGGUAAGCAUCAAGAGUAUGAGAAAAAAUUACAUGAUGCGCUGCUUAGCAAACUGGCGGCUGCACAAACAGUAGCGGCUGCGCCUCCAAUGACAGUUGUAACACCAACUUCGAACAUCACAACAAUUUCAAGUUUACAAAUGAGUAACAAUACAAACGGUAGUUCUGCAGGAGGCGGCGGUGGAGAAACUCAACAACAAAAGGGCAAACUGAAAGAGCCGGCCGUUGUCUCCACGAACGGUAGUAAUCAAAAUAAUAAGGAUACGUGGCCGCAGCUUAAUAACGAUAGUAAGAAAUCCGAAAAAAGUGAUAAAGAUAAAUCAAAUAAAGCCAGCAAUAAGAAAACGAAAUCUACGAACGGCGGCGGUGGCUGUGCUGCUGAAAAAACGAAGACGGAAAGUAAAAAAACAACAGUGCCACAACAGCCACCAACAACGCCACCUACACCUAUUCCAACCAUCGUCGCCAUAGAAACUAAAGCUGAGCAGCAAAAUACAGAGGAAGAUGUUAAAGCAGAAGAAAUUAAGUUCGAAGAGUUGCCACAAUCGCCUCCAAUUAAAUUACCACCGACUCCAGUCACCAUUCUUGACGAUAAUUCCAGUUUCUUUUCGCAGACCUCUUUUACAACAAAAUUAGAUUUGGUCGACACAGUUGCCGAUGGUGAAUCCAGGGGUCGCAGUCCUGCACCUGCAGUUCUCCAUCAAAAUACAGAACCUUUACUGGAGAUUCACAAUGACACUGAUAGCUGGGAUUUUGACUUUGGUUAUGGCAAGCAUUCAAAUCAUUUAGAAGAAUUAGCCAAACAGAGAAUUACCGUCAAAGGCAUGUUUCAAGGAUUGGACAAUCCUUCUCCAUCACAGUACACUAAGAUGGUUGAACCAGUCUAUACCGAUACCGAAAACCUUUUAGAAACUUUAGCAAAGAAUAGCGUCAAUUAUAAUAAUCAUUAUGCUAAUGGACACAAAGAAUCCAACCUGGAGUCGCAUAUGACAAAGUUCUUUACGGAUUUUUGCAGGAACGGUGGCUAUCAACAGCAGCAACAACAACAACAACAGCAACAACAUCAACAACAACAGCAUCAGCAACAACAACAUCAGUUGAGCCAGAAUCUGUUACAUCAGCAACACCAACCACAACAACUCAAUGGUGGAUUCAAUCAUCAGACACCUUGGCAACCCUAUUACAUUGUGGAGGACAACCACCCAUUGGCCUUACUGCAACAGCAGCGUCAAAUCGAAGAGCAACUGAUGAGCCUUACGUUGAACUCUAAGCAGCAGCAACAAACUCACCACCAGCAACAUGGAUACGGCCAAAUAAACGGGGGCGGCUUCGACAUGUCCAGCAGGUUCAAUUUUGGUGCACCUGGAAUGGGGGCGCCCAACAGUAAUAACGCCUCGUCACAAUUGUUCAGCGGAGGCAUUAAUUUGAAUUCGUUCUCCUCGAACAAGAGUAACAAUAGCAGACCUCUUCAUGAAGAUUACCAUGAGCUUGACAAUGGUUUCUUAGAAGCUCAGAAAGCACUGGAGGAAUUAGUAGAGUCUGAUAGUCACGUUCAUAAUACAGGCCGCACUAAUUCAAUCGGAGCUGGACAAAUGAAUGGACUAGUACAUAAUCAUAUUGGAAAUCAUUUACCACCACCGCCACCUGGUUUUGUACAAUCCAACACACAUAUGAACGCCUUUGGAAGCAAGAUAUUACCUUUCUUAACAAUGAACAAUCAACAACCACAGCAACAACAAAUGAAUAACACACAAAACAAUUGGCCUUCAACUUUCAACAAUCAGAUGCAACAAUCACACCAACAGCAACAACAUAAAGGUAUGGAUUGGAAGGUGUUGGACCCAGCAAUUUUAUCCUCCAGAAGACAUGUACCUCAUAUAGAUCAUUACACAAAUGGACUUCAGUUGGGCGCAACGUCACAACCGCAACAGAAUGGACCCACAACCACAGCCGCAACUCAGCAGCGCCAGCAAUAUGAUUCAUACCAUCAGCAUAACGGUUUCACCACACAUAAUGGCAGCAACAGCGCAUCUAGUUCUUUAGGCUUCAGCCACUUGAACGGUGGCCAAAGUUUGAAUUGGCUCGGAACUGAGCUUAACACACAAAUUCCUACACCACCCGGUUUCAGAACUUCUGGACAAGCGGCCAAGCAACAGCAGGAAUGUUAGGGAGAUACUUUUUUAGUACGUUUCGAUUUAAAUUCAAUUCAUAGAUUCAAACAAAAUAUACAAACAGAGAAAGAGGAGAAUUUAAAC